GCCCGGAUGUCCACGGGGUAAUUGGGGAGCCUCCACUAUGGCCGGCGUCUUCGACAUCGACCUAGAAACGGAGGAGGGGAGCGACGGGGAGGAGCCUGAACCGGGGUCCUUGGAAGUGGAGCCAGAUUUUCGUAGCAGUAGCUCAGAUUUGGUGCCAGGUUAUUAUGAGGAAAUUGAAAUCUCUGAAAGCAGUGUCAACAAUGGCCCAGAAUACAUUGGGCCCCACUGCUUUGAGCUGCUGCGUGUUUUGGGAAAAGGUGGUUACGGCAAGGUGUUCCAAGUGCGGAAGGUGCAAGGCACACAUUCUGGGAAAAUCUUUGCCAUGAAGGUGUUAAGGAAAGCCAAGAUUGCCUGUAAUGCCAAGGACACCGCACACACAAAGGCUGAGAGAAAUAUUCUGGAGGCCAUCAAACACCCAUUCAUAGUAGACCUCAUCUAUGCUUUCCAGACUGGUGGCAAGCUCUACCUCAUCCUGGAAUGUCUCAGUGGAGGGGAACUCUUCAUGCAGCUGGAACGAGAAGGCAUCUUCCUGGAGGACACAGCCUGUUUCUAUCUGAGUGAGAUCACCCUGGCUCUUGGCCAUCUCCACUUUAAUGGCAUCAUCUACCGGGAUCUUAAGCCAGAGAACAUAAUGCUGAACAGCCAAGGGCACAUUAAACUGACGGAUUUUGGGCUUUGCAAGGAAUCUAUCCAUGAUGGUGCUGUCACCCACACCUUUUGUGGCACUAUAGAAUACAUGGCCCCAGAAAUAUUGAUGCGGAGCGGCCACAACCGGGCUGUUGAUUGGUGGAGCCUUGGUACCCUGAUGUAUGACAUGCUCACAGGAUCGCCUCCAUUUACAGCUGAAAACCGCAAAAAGACAAUUGACAAAAUCCUCAAGUGCAAGUUGCUGUUUCCACCCUACUUGACUUCAGAUGCCCGGGAUCUGCUCAGGAAGUUUCUCAAAAGGAAUCCCAUUCAACGAAUUGGGGGUGGGCCAGGUGAUGCUGCAGAUGUGCAGAAACACCCGUUUUUCCGACACAUUAACUGGGAUGACUUGUUGGCCAGGAGAGUUGACCCACCAUUCCGGCCAUCUCUGCAAUCAGAAGAUGAUGUCAGCCAGUUUGACACCCGCUUCACUCGCCAGACACCUGUAGAUAGUCCUGAUGACGGCUCCCUCAGCGAGAGUGCCAAUCAGGCCUUUCUGGGAUUUACCUACGUAGCUCCAUCAGUGUUGGAGAGUAUCAAGGAAGGCUUUUCCUUCCAACCCAAGUUGCGAUCUCCACGGCGUCUCAACAGCAGCCCCCUCACACCUGUCAGCCCACUGAAGUUCUCACCCUUUGAGCCCUUCAAGCCAAGCACAGCAGUAGAGUUAAUGGAGCUGUCAGCAACUCCACUCGGGCCUGCACCAGAAGUCACAGCUCCAUUGCCCAUCAAAACACCUUCAGGCACCAAGAAGAAGAAAGGCCGAGGACGGGCUCGAUAACUGGAGCAGCAAAGAGAUCUCUGGAUAUGCAUCAUCAGGUGGAACACUGGGGUGGGGCUCAACGGUGGGCAAGAUGGGACAUCAAGCCCUAGGAGAUGCCACCUUUGCUCCCAGCGAGAAAAGGACACCUGAUGUUGGUGCUUCCUUGAUGUCAGGACUAACUUAGCCAUGGUGCUUUUAGUUCAAUCUACAGUGAAUCUUGGAGGAAGGGAAUAAUGUGAAGCUGUGAGCAGCAGAGUUCUGCCUGGUUAUCAUCCUUCUAGGAACAUUUGUCUGACUGCAUCUUGGAACUUUGCAGAGGUUAGUCAGAGGAAAGGCACGGGGUCUGGCUUCAUGGCUGCUCUAGUUGAAGGUUUAGGACCUGUAAAGGAAAGGAAGCAACUCUGAGAAGUUGGAAGGAAGGAUCAGACUGCUGCUUCUGGCUGGAGCUUUCUCUUGUGCCAGGAAACUUCCUUGCUUGUCUUCUUUUUCCAGCGUGCAUCUAUGUGCCAAAAAUGACUGCUUCUCCCUCACUGGUGGUUGUUGCAAGAUAAAUCCUCACCCAGGGCUGCUUUCGAUCUUCUCUGGCAUCCUGGUGUCCUUGGCAACAAAUGAAUCUCAGCAGUUGGCACAGUUUCAUACCUGGCUCAUAUUCAGAAAAUGGGUGUUGUGCUGCAUAGAAUAACAGGUUAUAGGAACUGCUGCAAAGAGAAAUACUAAGCAAAAGAGCUAGUUUUUUUUUUUUUUGCCAGCCCAACAGCAAAAAUGGCUAUUGAGAUACAGCCACUGGCUCUCUGUUUUAUUGUUACAGGAAAUGUGCCUUUUUUGUUUGUCGUCAAGCUUUUUGGAACAGGCUAGAAGAAGCAAAGGCAGCUAUACAAACAGUGCUGCUCCCCAGUGGGGGCAGCAGGCAAAGCAGAGGGACUCCCAUCUGUGGAGUCUGUCAGAUGGGCCUGGUACCAAGAACUAAGAGCUGUCUCUGUGACAAGGCCCUCCUUCCCUCCUCCCUGCGGUUUCUAGAGAGCUGUGACAUUCAGCGGCUUGCCACUGUCUUCCCAGGCCGCUGUUCCAGAGAAUGAAUGCAGAUGACUCAAGAGGACUUCGGCGCUGCCCUCGGCUGCCUUUGAUGCUUCGCCUUCUUCUAAGGCCGUCUGCGCUGCUGCCUCCUCAGGAUCGGCACCCUCAGUCAGCGUCUCUUCUUGAUCCUGAAGGAGCUGCUGCUGCUCCUCCUCCUCCAUCAUCUCCUCCUCUUCUCCUUCUCCAUCCUCCAUCCACUGUUGCUGCUCUUCCCGAAGUUCUCCAUCACUCUGUUUCUCAUCUUGGUAGUCCUGGGCCAGGUCCUCGGAAGGGGUCUCCCUCCAGAACUGUUGCCACUGAAGAACCAGGAUUCUCAUCAGGUGCCGAGGAUGGUAUCGUCCUUCUGUUGCGCUGUUCAGCCAGUGCCAUGCCAUAAACAGCAGCAGCAGCAGCACAAGCAACAGGCAGAUGAGGAUACUUACUGUGACAUCCUCAUGUUUUCUUCUGCUAUUCCCUGGAAUUGCUGCCUGGACUUUCCCAGGAAGUAGCAAUAAGAGAGUAUGGGAGAGCCUGAGCUUCUGUAAAAAGAGGGGAGUCUGGGUCAGUCACUAUCCUAGCAGGUCUGCUUCUUUGGGCACUUCUGUACAGCCGCCCAACUUGCCCCUCAAACCUGCAUCAGGAGCAUCACCGUGCUGCACCUCGCCUUCCUAGAGAGGCUCCAGUGCUGCUCCUAGCUGGCAGUGGGGCCUGACACAAACAGAAGCUAGCUCCCCCCUCCCCCUGCCCUUCCCAUGCCAUGAAACAAAAGUCAGCCAUUAUGUGUGAGGAGCAGCAAUGCCUCUCCUUGAGAAGCAUGAGGGGAUGCUGGCAACAUGCUGUGGUAUGUUGGGUAGAGGAAAAAGGAAAUCCCAAGAAGUGGAAGACGGGAAAAGGUAGGAGUUCCCACCAAUGGGAAAUGGGCUGCCCUGCAAAUCCAGAGGAAACACUGUGCAGCUGUCUUGGCAGUGUUUCCUCCAUAGCACCUGCUGAGCCAAGUGCAUAUAAGCCUCCAUAUGGGGUGGGAACACAAGGGACUGGCACAGAUUUCGGAUCAGCACAGCCCUUGUGUGUGAAAGGGCCUUUAUUUGCUCUAUUCAUCCCUGAAGCAAUUCUGUAGCUAUGGAAUCUUGGAAUUCGGCACUAAAAACUUAAGUUGCACAAUAAUAAUUGGCCUCAGCUACAACUUGUAAGGGGGAACAUGGACAGAGAUGGACAGGAAGCAUCUUGUGAUUGCUUGGGAGCUAUUUAAACUUUACUUGUUAACCGGUUAGCUACUGCCCUACCUCAGAUGUCUUGUAUUUAAAAAAUAGUGGAAGGAAUUUCACCUCUUUUGCAUUCUGUGUAGCUAUUAGAUCCUAGGGUAGCUUUGAUGUUAGACGUUUUGCAGCGCUGCUGCAGUCAUAGAUCGUAAGAUGCUAGCUCCCUGCUAUAACAAGAGCAUGAGAGAGAGAGAUUGAUUUUGUCCUUGCGCAAGUUCUACCUUUGUGGUUAUUUCCCAAGAUAAAAACCCAUCCACAUGAUGUUGUUGUUACUCAGGGCUAAAUAUACUCUGCGCUUAAAAAAGGAGAUUAUGUACCCAGAGAAACUUAAUUCUAUGAUUUUAGAAAGAAAAUAUACAUGCAUAUUAUUUUUACAUAUCUUUCUGAUAUUUUUACAUAAUUUAUUCUGGAUUGUGUUACUAAGGAACUAGGAGGUAAGAACUUCUUUGAAGUCACAUCUGGCAGCUGAAAAUCUUCAGCUUCUGGUUUGCUCCUGAAAAUCCUGCUAAUGCCCAAAUGCUUUGUUUCUUCCUGCUCCCUUUUAACUAAAUAUCUGCUAAUCCUGUGUUAUUUUAAAAAUAAAUGCUGAAAUUCUCAGAAAUUUGA